AGACAAUUUUCGGAAAAAAGUGAUGUCUACAGUUUUGGGAUAUUCCUUUUGGAAUUAGUAAGUGGGCAGGAAGCAAGAGACUUGCUUUCUUCGGACAUCAAUCAAAACCUUGUUGAAUGGGUAUCUAGUUGUUUCUCACACAAUGUUAUUUCAUAUCUAUACAUCGUUGGACAUUUGAUCACGACAUAUACGCUGAUGCAAAAUCUUCAGGAAUCUGGCAGUAUUUCUACCAUCAUUGAUCAGAGAUUGGGAAAUAGCUUUACUACAAAAGGCAUGGAAGAGUUCUUACAGUUAAUAAUGCAUUGUGUAUUCCCUUCAAGUGAGAAGCGUCCCAAAAUGAGCUAUGCAGUAACGGAACUGGAUCGUAUACUUGAGAAAGAAAUGAGCUUGACAACAAUUAUGGGAGAAGGAACGCCUGUUGUGACCCUUGGAAGCCAGCUUUUUAGGGCUUCAAAAUGAUAAGAAAUGGGAAUCACAGCUUUGUAUAAUUUACUUUCUUGGCAUUUUUUGUUAUUUGUAUAAAGAGCAGCUGGAUGAUUUUUACCUCAUAGUUCUUCUUUGUAUACUAAAGUAUAGUUAACGGUACAGUGAAGGUUGAGUGGGGAUUGGCACUAUUGGGCUGGUGAUAUAAUUUUUUUUUAAUUUUUCUGUACAAUUCAUGUUAAGAAAUGUACAAGAGAUUUAUUUGCUUCCUUGGGUUAA